AUGGAGAACUCGAAUCGUUGGCCGGCUGCUGUGCUUUGCGAAGGCUGCUGCCGCCGCCGAGAGGCUGCUGUGCUUUGCGACGGAGAAGGGACGGAAACAACGGCUGACCGAGAAGGGAGGGAAUCGUCCGCAUGGAAGAAGGGACGAAAUCGUCGGCUGACCGAGAAGGGCUGCUGUGCUUUGCGAAGGCUUUGCGAAGGAGAAGGGACGGAAACAACGGAAAAGGGACAAAAUCGUCGGCACGAUGACUGGCUGCUGUCCUUUGCCGGAAAUCUCAGCGGGAGGGAGACAGAAACAACGGCUGAUGGACUCGGGACGGAGAAGGGACGACCGGACAACGGACUAAGAAGUUGGGACGACAGCCGGAGAAGUCGGGGAGACGGACGGUCGUUCUUCUUGCGGGAGGAAUAA